AAGCAUGGGCAGGUUGCGUCACGGAGGAGUAAGCAGCAAGAGCAAGGCUCCCCCGCCCCCGCCUGUAUGUCUCGCGCACGGUGCGGUUGGGUUGGGGGCAUAGCACAGACUUCCUCCCCGCUCUUGUAAUAAUCUUGCUAGAAAUAUAUAUCGUGCUUGCAGCAAUCCCUGCCAUGGCUGCACCUGCUGACACCGGCGCCGCUACAGCAGCAGCAUCAACCCUAGUUCCUCCUCGGCUUGCCACGCCUCACGGCGACCUGGCCGAGAUCCUCCCUUCCCUCCCCCUCGAGACGCGGUGCCUGCCAUCGUUCCAUCUCCGCUGCUACAAGGGUUUUUGGCUGUCCGAGAAAGCCCUCACCGGGUACUUCCCAGCCAUCCACGCCCACUUCGAGCCCAGGCCCGACGACAUCUUUCUAACCAGCUUCCCCAAGUCCGGCACCACGUUGCUCAAGGCCCUCGCCUUCGCGACGUUGAACCGGGCCGCGCACCCGCCAUCCGACGCCGAUCACCCACUCCGCCGGCGCAACCCCCACAGCUGCGUGAGGUUCCUCGGGGCGAGCGGUGCCGACGACACAGAAGAUGAGCCGGCGGCGGCGCUCCGCUCUCCGCUCGUGCUCGCCACCCACUUGCCCUACUCCUUGCUGCCGGACCGCAUCAGGGGAGGCCGAGGGGAGGGGUCGGGGAUCGUGUACAUCUGUCGGAACCCCAAAGAUGUGCUGGUCUCCGGAUGGCUCUUCACCAAGAAAACAUCAGCGAUGUUCGGGCUGGACGUGCAGUCGUACACCCUCCAGGAGGCGUUCGAUCUCUUCUGCGAGGGUCGCUGCAUCAAUGGCCCGCACUGGCAGCACGCCCUCGAGUACUGGGAGGAAAGCUUCAGGAGGCCGGGCAAGGUGCUGUUCCUCAGGUACGAGGAGAUGCUGCGCGAGCCCGCGAGCAGCUUGAGGAAGCUGGCGGAGUUCAUGGGGUGCGCGUUCUCCGAGGAGGAGGAUGGAGGGCUGGUCGAUGCGAUCGUGGAGCUCUGCAGCCUGGGUGAGUUGAAGAGCAUGGAUGUGAACAAGAACGGGAGCAAUCAUCUGGCUGUGAAGAACGAGACCUACUUCCGCAUGGGGGUGAUUGGGGAUUGGAGCAAUCACCUAACACCGGAGAUGGCGGAAAAACUUGAUAAGAUCGUGGGCGACGCGUUGCAGGGGUCUGGACUGGACUUAUCGUCUUAUCGUCACCAACUGUUUCUAACUAGGUGAUCGAUCAGUUGUUUUCACCGUCGUGGAUGAAUAAAGUUUGGAGAUGAUUUUCCAACGAGAUUACCGUGAGUUUGUUUUGAGUGGGAUGGCGUGCUGGAACUGAAAAUGACCCGUGCAAACCGAAAAGACGUAUUGUAUUCUGCAAAGGUUUGGAACAAACUCUUAGCUUGUUCCUUUCAAAAAUAUAUAUUUUUUUUUGCUUGUUUGUGCGAGACCUAGCUGUGAGAACUUGGUACAUGGAUUUGUUGGGCACUUUUGCUGGUGCCGUCUUUCUUUUUAAUAGUAUAGAUAAUCUAGAUAAGUGCUUGCUUGCUGUCCGAUUGAGCUCAAAUUCAGAGAAUUUUUUAGAAUAAGGAAUAUCCUGGCCUUAAACAUUGUCAA